AUGUCCACUCCUGAUCCCCCUAUGGGGGGCACCCCUCGCCCUGGUCCCGGUCCCUCCCCUGGGCCGGGUCCCUCGCCCAGUGCCAUGCUGGGCCCCAGCCCCGGGCCCUCCCCGGGCUCCUCUCACAGCAUGAUGGGGCCCAGUCCCGGUCCUCCUUCCUCUGGACAUUCCCAGCCAGGCCCCUCUGGAUAUGGGUCGGACAGCAUGCACCAGAUGCACAAACCCAUAGAGGGAAUUCACGACAAGAGCAUGAGCGAGGAAAGCCGCUUCAAUCAAAUGAAGGGCCUGUCGAUGAGACAGGGCGGGCACACUGGUAUGGGCCCCCCACCCAGUCCCCUGGACCAACACUCGCAAGGUUACCACUCUCCAUUAGGUGGUUCUGACCACUCCAGCCCUGCUGCUUCAAAUGGUCCCCCAUCAGGUCCCCUGCUACCAUCAUCUUUGUCAUCCUCGUCUUCUUCUGCCGGUCCAGGAUCUUCCUCCACCUCCCUAGAUGGUUCAGCUGGAGAUCAGCAUAGCAUGGGUCCUAAUAACAGGUCUGGACCUCCUGGUAGUUCUGGACCUGGUCCCAGCCCUGGCCCCAGUCUUGGCUCCAACACCCCCAGCCUUGGUUCUGGCCUUGAAACCGCUGGUCUAGCAGGUCCUGGAGGCCCUGGUAGCCCAACUCCGUUUACUCAGAACCAGCUUCACCAACUUAGAGCCCAGAUCAUGGCUUAUAAAAUGCUGGCCCGUGGGCAACCCCUGCCAGACCACCUUCAGAUGGCUGUCCAGGGAAAGAGGCCAAUGCCAGGAAUGCAGCAGCAGCCAAUGUCCAGCUUGGGUCCUGGAGGCGGAGGAGGACCAGGAGGUGGCCCAGCAGGACCAGGGCCAAUGAGUUCAAGCUACAGCCGAGGUCAUGGAAUGAUGGGUCCUAACAUGCCUCCCCCGGGUCCAUCAGGAACUCCUGUUGGGAUGCAAGGACAAAACCCAAAUGGACCACCCAAGUCCUGGCCUGAAGGCCCCAUGGUGAAUGCAGCAGCGCCCUCCAAUGCCCCCCAAAAACUGAUCCCUCCUCAACCCACCGGCAGGCCCUCUCCUGCUCCGCCUUCUGUCCCCCCGGCUGCCUCCCCUGUAAUGCCCCCGCAGACCCAAUCCCCUGGCCAGCCAGCACAGCCUACUCCCAUGAUGCCUUACCACACCAAGCAGAACCGCAUCACCCCCAUCCAGAAACCCUGUGGCCUCGACCCAGUGGAGAUUCUGCAGGAGCGGGAGUACAGGUUACAAGCUCGUAUUGCUCAUCGCAUAGCUGAACUGGAGAACCUGCCAGGUUCUCUGGCUGGAGAUCUACGUACCAAAGCUACUAUCGAGCUCAAAGCCCUCCGACUGCUUAACUUCCAGAGGCAGCUGCGUCAAGAAGUAGUUGUCUGUAUGCGGCGUGACACAGCAUUAGAGACGGCUCUUGAUGCCAAGGCCUACAAGAGGAGCAAGCGUCAGUCUCUGCGGGAGGCCCGCAUCACUGAAAAACUGGAGAAACAGCAGAAGAUCGAGCAGGAACGCAAACGCAGACAAAAGCAUCAGGAGUACCUCAACAGCAUCCUCCAGCAUGCCAAAGACUUUAAGGAAUACCAUAGGUCCAUGACAGGCAAACUUCAGAAGCUAACCAAAGCCGUGGCCACAUACCACGCCAACACUGAGCGCGAGCAGAAGAAAGAGAAUGAGCGCAUUGAGAAAGAGAGGAUGAGGAGGCUUAUGGCUGAGGACGAGGAGGGCUACCGUAAACUGAUUGACCAGAAAAAGGAUAAGCGCCUGGCCUACUUGCUACAGCAAACUGAUGAGUAUGUGGCCAACCUCACCGAGCUGGUCAGAGCCCACAAAGCUGCACAGGCCCUGAAGGAGAAGAAGAAGAAGAAGAAGAAGAAAAAGAAGAAGAUGGAGAAUGCAGAAGGCCAGACUCCUGCAUUGGGGCCUGAUGGAGAGCCGUUGGAUGAGACAAGUCAGAUGAGUGACCUGCCAGUGAAGGUCAUCCACGUGGACAGUGGGAACAUUCUGACCGGAGUGGAUGCGCCUAAAGCUGGACAGCUGGAGACCUGGCUGGAGAUGAACCCUGGUUAUGAGGUGGCUCCACGUUCAGACAGUGAAGACAGUGAAGAUGAGGAGGAAGAGGAGGAAGAAGAAGAGGAACCUCAACCUUCAAGCACUUCAGUAGAUGACAAAAAGAAGAUCACAGACCCUGACAGUGAGGACGUGUCUGAGGUGGAUGUCCGGCACAUCAUCGAGAAUGCCAAACAGGACGUUGACGACGAGUACAGCGGUGCAGCUUUUGCCCGAGGUCUCCAGUCAUAUUACGCUGUGGCUCAUGCGGUCACAGAGAAGGUGGAGAAGCAGUCUACUUUACUGAUAAAUGGACAACUCAAACAGUAUCAGAUUAAAGGUCUGGAGUGGCUUGUCUCUCUUUACAACAAUAACUUGAAUGGGAUUCUGGCGGAUGAGAUGGGUUUAGGAAAAACCAUCCAAACGAUCGCUCUGAUCACAUACCUCAUGGAGCACAAACGCCUCAACGGGCCCUACCUCAUCAUUGUACCCCUCUCAACUUUGUCUAACUGGGUGUACGAGUUUGACAAGUGGGCGCCAUCAGUAGUGAAAGUGUCCUACAAGGGGUCUCCUGCUGCUAGGAGGGCUUUUGUUCCUCAGUUGCGAAGUGGCAAGUUUAACGUUUUACUCACCACCUAUGAGUACAUCAUCAAGGACAAGCAAGUGUUGGCCAAGAUCCGAUGGAAGUACAUGAUCGUGGAUGAGGGUCACCGCAUGAAGAACCACCACUGUAAACUUACCCAGGUCCUCAACACUCAUUACCUUGCUCCAAGGCGGGUCCUGCUGACCGGGACUCCUCUUCAAAACAAACUACCUGAGCUGUGGGCGCUUCUCAACUUCCUGUUGCCAACCAUUUUCAAGAGCUGCAGCACUUUUGAGCAGUGGUUUAAUGCCCCAUUUGCAAUGACUGGAGAGAAGGUGGAUUUAAAUGAAGAGGAGACGAUUUUGAUUAUUCGCCGUCUGCAUAAAGUGUUGCGUCCCUUCCUACUGCGCAGGUUAAAGAAAGAAGUGGAGGCACAGCUGCCCGAGAAGGUGGAGUACGUCAUCAAAUGCGACAUGUCGUCUCUCCAGAGAGUUCUGUACAGGCACAUGCAGGCCAAGGGGGUCCUACUUACUGACGGAUCAGAGAAAGAUAAGAAGGGUAAAGGAGGCACGAAGACACUGAUGAACACCAUCAUGCAGCUGAGGAAGAUUUGUAAUCAUCCUUACAUGUUCCAGCAAAUUGAGGAAUCCUUUUCUGAGCAUCUAGGAUUUUCUGGUGGAAUAGUCCAGGGGCCAGAUCUGUAUCGAGCGUCAGGAAAGUUCGAGGUGUUGGAUCGAAUUCUACCAAAGCUGAGAGCUACAAACCACAAAGUGCUGCUCUUCUGUCAGAUGACCUCACUCAUGACCAUUAUGGAGGACUACUUUGCUUACCGCACCUUCAAAUACCUGCGUCUGGAUGGCACCACUAAAGCUGAAGACAGAGGAAUGCUACUGAAGACAUUUAACAGUCCAGAGUCUGAAUACUUCAUCUUUCUCUUGAGCACAAGAGCUGGAGGCCUCGGCCUCAACCUGCAGUCUGCUGAUACUGUCGUUAUUUUUGACUCCGACUGGAACCCACAUCAGGACCUGCAGGCUCAGGACCGAGCUCACCGCAUCGGUCAGCAGAACGAGGUGCGAGUACUUCGUCUCUGCACGGUCAACAGCGUGGAAGAGAAAAUUCUGGCUGCAGCCAAAUACAAACUCAACGUGGACCAGAAGGUCAUCCAGGCUGGCAUGUUCGACCAGAAGUCUUCCAGUCAUGAGCGCAGGGCCUUCCUGCAGGCCAUCCUGGAGCAUGAGGAGCAAGAUGAGGAGGAGGAUGAGGUCCCAGAUGAUGAGACGGUCAACCAGAUGAUUGCCAGGAGUGAAGAGGAGUUUGAGUUGUUUAUGCGCAUGGACCUGGAUCGGCGCCGCGAGGAAGCUCGCAACCCCCGACGUAAGCCGCGUCUGAUGGAGGAAGAUGAGCUUCCCACCUGGAUCAUGAAGGACGAUGCUGAAGUUGAACGGCUGACCUGUGAGGAGGAGGAAGAGAAAAUGUUCGGACGAGGUUCUCGGCAGCGAAAGGAGGUGGACUACAGCGACUCCUUGACGGAGAAGCAGUGGCUCAAGGCAAUCGAGGAGGGCACGCUUGAGGAGGUAGAGGAAGAAGUUCGCCACAAAAAAACAACUCGUAAACGAAAAAGGGACCGUGACCUGGACCUCCCCGGCCCAUCAUCUUCAUGUGGGAGCCGUGGACGAGGGGACAAAGAUGAGGAUGGGAAGCGGCAGAGAAAAAGGGGGCGACCACCUGUAGAGAAACUUUCCCCCAAUCCUCCUGCCCUCACAAAGAAGAUGAGGAAAAUUGUAGAUGCUGUCAUCAAAUACAAAGACAGUGCCAGCGGACGGCAGUUGAGUGAAGUGUUCAUCCAGCUGCCGUCUCGAAAAGAGCUGCCGGAGUAUUAUGAACUGAUCCGCAAGCCGGUGGACUUCAGGAAGAUCAAGGAGAGGAUCCGAAGUCACCGUUACCGCACUCUGGGUGACCUGGAGAGAGACGUGAUGCUGCUGUUUCAGAACGCUCAGACCUUCAACCUGGAAGGCUCUCUGAUAUAUGAAGACUCCAUCGUGCUCCAGUCUGUCUUCACCAGCUUGAGGCAGAAGAUCGAGAAAGAGGAAGAAAGCGAGGGGGAAGACAGUGAGGAGGAGGAGGACGAGCAGGAUGAAGGAUCAGAGUCUGAGUCACGCUCUGUGAAAGUGAAAAUUCGUCUGGGUCGAAAGGAUAAAGGUGGAGAUCGAGGGAAGGGACGCAGCAGACGAACGGGACGCACCAGAGCCAAACCCGUCGUUAGUGAUGAUGACUCAGAGGAGGAGCAGGAAGAGGAGCGCUCUCCCAGCUGCACCGAUGAGGAGUCUUAAACUGUACUGUUCUAGAAAAGGAGGAGGCCUGAAAGAGACACAAAUCAAACAGCACAUAAACAAUAUUGAAUAAACCUCAGUCAACCCCUUCCACCCUCUGUCAAAAGUUGAAUGGAGAUAUGAUGAAUGUGACUUCAGAGUCCAAACUAUUGCUGACUGAUUUGAAGGAGGACUUUUCUGUAUUGCGCAGAGAAGCUGAUAAAAAAUAAAUAACUUUUUUUUUUUAAAUCUACCUAAAGUCUCUGAAAUCCCUGUAAGUGUCUAGUGAAUUCCUGGAAAAAUACCUGAUAGAAAAUAAUACACUUUUUAAAGAUAUUCACAACCAAACCGGGCAGGCCUGCCUCUUCUGUCUUCAAAAUGUUACGGCUUUUUAAGUUACGUUUCUUUUAACCGUCAUUCAAGGCAUUUUGAGUGCUUGUGAUUUAAAGCCAGAUAAUCUUAUUAAGUAAAACAAUAAUGUAAUUUGUGACAGUUGCUCGGUCAAGUCCAAAUAAAUCUACAUCUCUAGCCAGUUUGAUGGCAUUAGUCUUUUAAAGGUCAAAACCCUUCAGAGGUCCAAAAUGUUGACAGUAAAACAAGUGUCUGAUAUGAUAACAUGCAGCCCACUGAGCACUGAGAGGCAGAGCUGGUAAAGGGACACAACUACUACAAUGUUGUUAGAUUUACGUGAGAAACGGAAAUAUACGUGUGUAAUGUGAAAUUAUUUCAUGCUAAUCCUAAUUUUAUUAGUCUAACUCCUUCAGUUCACUUAUGUAGAUUUCCUGUUUUUUUUUUUUUCAUUUUAGCCGAGCCCUGAAGGAAAUGAGGCUUCACUUUAUUCUAAAGCCUCCAUAUUCAGAAUUUAUUUGUUCUUUUUUUUUUAAAAUAAUCUAUAAAACAUCAUGUAGUGGUGCGCAUUUCUGUGCGCAUAGAUAAAGACUUAAAAUGUAUGUCAACCUUUAACAUAUGAAAGAAAGUCUGUUGAAUUAUUAACACAAGGGGAUGGAAUUUUCUCCGAAAUACCUUCCAAUAUUUUGUUAGGCAUCACUUUUAAUAAUCAUAAAGUAGCUUUUAAAUUAUAAUUAAAAUGUUGCCAUUAAGAUGCGCAAGAAUAUAAUUGAAGUUUCUUUUGUUUAAGCCCUGACAAAUACUGCUUAUGUUAUGUUAAAAUACAGAGAUUUGCUGUAAAAUUGAUUAAUUAGGGCUUUUUUGGGGGCAAAGAAUUCAUGUAAGACCUGGGCCUAAUUAGCCAAGUGAAGGAUGUAGACUGUAAACAGAAAAUUAUUUUGUUAGAAAUGCUUUUUUUUGUGAAGCCACCACCUCAUUUCACAUCUGGACAAAAGCAGACCUCUUUCCUGUCAUCUUUUGUAAAAGCAGUUAGUUUUUUUGGAAGCGCUAUGAUUGCAGAAAUGUGUUUGUGACCAGGGAUUACUCUUUAAGUCUGGUGUGGGCGCAGGAUGUUUCCACCCUUAUCCUGUCUUGUUUAGCAAGUCACCAGUUAUUUGACUGAGGUUUAAUGGGAGCUGAGGCCAAGGGGCUCAACAAAGAAGGAAAAAAACAACGUUCCUGCUGCUUACCUGCUCCACACCCUGUAUACAGCACUUACUGUAUAAAAGUUGAUUGUAAGCCUAAAAAAAAUCAGUGAGCACUGUAGCUUUAAUGAGUCCUCCUUCCGUUUUUUUCUUUUAAUCUUGUGUGGUGAUAUUUUGCACUUUUUAUGUUUUUGUUUCCAAGAUGAAGCGACAGCGGCUCCUCUGCUCAUGACUGCCUCAUGGCUGUGUGUUUUUGGAUAUACUGUGAAGAGUAUUUAUAAUAACGUCAAUGCACGUAUGUACAGCUUGCAAGCUGAGUACUUUACUUCUCUCAUUUCAGUAGGUAACUAGAGUGAACCAAAGCGUCAAUGUUUUCUUCACUGAUUUUUCAAGAUCUGUCUUUGUUGUGUUGUAUUCUUGCUGCUUGAACUAAGAAGGAAAUAAUAAACUUUUGAUGUUGUGUGA